CGGGGGGGACGUGGGGUCUGUGGGGGGGGCACGGGCGGGACACGGGGGUCGCAGUGGGGACACGGGGUGGCACUCAGCCCCCCUGACACCCAUGUGACCCCCCCCCCUUUUUCUCCCCCCUCCCCCAGUGACUACGAGGCCCUGGACCCCCUCGACAUCCGGGGCAACAACACCCGGGCCUUCGAGGCGUUCUCGGCGCUGGGGGUCCCGCGGCUGCUGGACGCAGCCGAUAUGGAGAGACCCCCGGCCCCCGACCCGCUGGCUGUGCUCACCUACGUGGGGCUGCUGAGGCAGCGGCUGCAGGGCAGCGGGGACAGCGAGGCCCCAAGGAGUGCGGGGAGCGCGGCCGGAACCGGGGGGGGGACAGAAACCGGGGGGAACCCAAUGGGAGCCACGGAGAACCCAAAAACAAUGGGGAACCCAAUGGGAGCCGUGGAGAACCCAAAGGCAACCAUGGAGAACCCCAAAAUCAUGGGGAACCCAAUGGGAACCAUGGAGAACCCAAAGGCAACCAUGGAGAACCCAAAAAUCAUGGGGAACCCAAUGGGAACUAUGGAGAACCCAAAAGGAACCAUGGAGAACCCAAAAAGGACAGGGAACCCAAUGGGAACCAUGGAGAACCCAAAGGGAAACAGAGAGAACCUAAAGGGAACCCUGGAUAACCCCAAAAUCAUGGGGAACCCAAUGGGAACCAUGGAGAACCCAAAGGGAACCAUGGAGAACCCAAAAACAAUGGGGAACCCAAUGGGAACCAUGGAGAACCCAAAGGGAACCAGGGAGAACCCAAAGGGGACCAUGGAAACCUCAAUAGGAACCAUGGAGAACCCAAAGGGAACUGGAGAAAACCCAAUAGGAACCAUGGAGAACCCAACAGGAACCAGGGAGAACCCAAAAACAAUGGGGAACCCAAAGGGAACCAUGGAGAACCCAAAAACAAUGGGGAACCCAAUGGGAACCGGGGAGAACCCAAUGAGAGCUGCGGGGAACUCAAGAACUGUGGAGAACCCAACAGAAACUUCAGAGACCCCAAAAAGGAUGGAGAACCCAAUGGGAAUCAUGGAGAACCCAGACGGAACCGUGAAAACCCCAGUGGGAACCUCAGAAAUCCCAAAAGUGACAGAGAACACAGUGGGAACUUCAGAGAUCCCAAAAAGGGUGGAGAACCCAUUGAGAACCAUGAAAACCCCAAUGGGAACCAUGGAGAUCCCAAAGGGAACCGUGGAGAACCCAAAACCGAUGGAGAACCCAACAGGAACCGGAGAGAACCCAAUGGGAACCGCAGAGACCCCAAAACCCACAGAGGUCCCCAUGCAGACUCCAAACCCCAUAGAAGUCCCAACAGAGAACCCAAACCCUAUAGAGACCCCCACAGAGACCCCAAAACCCACAGAGAUCCCAACAGAGACCCCAAACCCCAUAGAGGUCCCAAUGGAGACCCCAAAAACCAUAGAGACCCCCACAGAGACCCAAAAAACCACAGGGGCCCCAAUGGAGACCCCAAAACCCGCACAGAUCUCCAUGGAUACCCCAGACACUGCAACAGAACCCCCAAACCCCAUAGAGACCCCCACAGAGCCCCCAAACCCCACAAAAGAGCCCCCAAAGCCCAUAGAGACCCCAACAGAAACCCCCAACUCCGUAGAGGUCCCGAAGGAGACCCCAAACCCUAUAGAGACCCCAAACCUCAUAGAGAUCCUCACAGAGACCCCAAAACCCAUAGGGGCCCCAAUGGAGACCCCAAACCCUACAGUAGAGACCUCAAACCCCAUAGAGACCCCAAAACCCAUAAAGGUCCCAACAGAGACCUCAAAGCCCAUAGAGGUCCCGAUGGAGACCCCAAACACCACAGUAGAGACCCCAAACCCCAUAGAGACCCCAAAACCCAUAAAGGUCCCAACAGAGACCCCAGAACCCAUAGGGGUCCCAUCAGAGACCCCAGAACCCAUAGGGGUCCCGAUGGAGACCCCAAACCCCACAGUAGAGACCCCAAACCCCAUAGAGACCCCAAAACCCAUAAAGGUCCCAACAGAGACCCCCAGACCCAUAGGGGUCCCAUCAGAGACCCCAAACCCCACAGAAGAGACCCCGAACCCCAUGGACACCCCCACGGAGACCUCGAACCCCACAGGGGUCCCGAUGGAGACCCCAAACCCCACAGAGGCCCCCCCCCCUCCCCCGGGGGUCCCCGUGCCCCCCCCCAGGUCGCACCGCCGCAGCUGGGGGUCCCGCGCCCCCCCCCGCACCUUCAGCCACCUCCGCGACGCCGACCUGGUGAGGAAACGGAGGGGGGGGCGCGGGGAGACCCCCGGCACCGGGACCCCAACGGUGAGUAUGGGGUGAUGGGGGGCUGCUUUGGGGUCGGCGUUGUUGUAGGGUCUGUGUUAUUUGGGGGGGGUUGUAGGGUCUGCUUUGGGGUCGGCGUUGUUGUAGGGUCUGUGUUAUUUGGGGUUGGUGUUGUAGGGUCUGCAUUGCGGUCGGUGUUGUUGUAGGGUCUGCAUUAUUUGGGGUUGGUGUUGUAGGGUCUGCAUUGGGGUCAGUGUUGUUGCAGGGUCUGCAUUAAUUGGAGGGCGGGGUGUUGUAGGGUCUGCAUCAAUUGGGGUCAGUGUUGUAGGGUCUACAUUGGGGUCGGCGUUGUUGUAGGGUCUGCAUUAAUUGGGGUUGUUGUUGUUGUAGGGUCUGCAUUAUUGGGGGGGGUGUUGUAGGGUCUGCUUUGGGGUUGUUGUUGUUGUAGGGUCUGCAUUAUUGGGGUUGUUGUGGGCCCCACACUAACGGCGUUACUGCAGGCCCUACACAAACGCCCUGGGGUCCCUGACGCUGCCCCUCUCCCCCCCCAGGCUGACCCCCCCCCCCCGACG